UGGAAGGCAGGAACAGAUCCACCAAACCCUUUCACUGUUCCCCCUAGAGCAGAGAAGCUCCAAGGUGAAUGUGAAAAAUGCAAAGUAGAGGAGAAGGAAAAUAGCCGCUGAGGAAGGAGAUAAUCUCUUGAAAAGUGACAUAACCAGAAGCCUUGGGGUUGUUUUUUUUUGGUGUGUGGGGUUUCCCCCCCUUCCAUGUGUGCUUCUCGCUUGCUUUCUCUCCCCCCCACUGCAACCCUGCUGUUCUGUCUCCAAAGGAUUGCUGAGUUGAGGCUGGCAGCUGGCUAGGAAGAGGAGGAAAAGUCGGCGUUUAUGCACACCAGACGCACCAGCGCAAAGAGACUCCAGCUGCGGCCGGGAGAAGCGCUUCGGAAAGGGCAUCUGAGUGACCUUUGGAGGCCCGAAGGCCGCCACCUUCCUCGCAGGGGGAGGCAAGAAGAAGUGGCAGGGACUUAGCCAGCUGGGGGAGACUGAUUCGCCAGGUGCCCACAGGGAGGCUCCGCUGGUGAGGAUCACACCUGGCCCAGGGGCAGAGGUGGGCGGCAAGAGCCACGUGCAGAGGUCCACCUGCUUGACCUCCCACCAGAGGACCUCUUCUCCCUCAGGGCAAGGCGCAGGAGGAAGGCCCAGGUCAGCAGAGGGAGCGUCCUCCGCCGCCGAGAGCCACAAAAACUUCUGGAAUCUGCAUCUGGGUGGUGUCGUCCCCCGGACCGUUUCUGAUGUCCUUCAAAGUCUGGAUCUCCAGGGAGCGAGAAGAUGGGUUUUGGUAGCAGAGCUGCCCUGGUUUGGCAGAAGGCAGAAAGCGGAAUGAGGUUUUGCAGGGCGGUUGGUGGUCAGAAGGAGGAUUAACCCAAAGUCGGGUGUGGAGGUUUUUCUGGAGUUGCCGCUGAAUUCUUUUUGGACUUUUCUGGAUGAGAUGGGCCCUUUGAGGUGAUUUGUGUUCCCACCCCUCGUGUUUUUGUGGGUUGUUUGUUUUGUUUUUGCAAGGAUGACUGUCCUUGUGGGUUUUGGUUCUUUCGGAGAUCUCUGCUUUCCCGGGGACGCUUUUUGACGGAUGACUUUCGGAGAGACUGGACUGCGAAGAGUUUCAAUGUUCUGACUUGGUCUAAGAUGAAGGUAUGGAAGCUGGCAGCUAUAGCCUCGAUGCUCUUCAGUUCCAUGUUGUCCGUUUUGGUUUGUAGAGACUUGUUCACCAGGAGCCAGGAGCACACCCUCUUCUCCUCGUCGCUGUUUUCGAGAACCUCGUCGUCUUCCUCGCUCGCCGGCGGCCACAGGAGGCACCCAAGGGCUCUGGGACGCCGUGGAUCGCUGAUCUCCCAGUACAGCACGUUGUUCGAGAGCUACACGGAGGGAGAAAUCCGCCACCUCAUCUCCACGCUGAUCGAGAGGUACAGCCAGUCCAUGAAUUCGGGGGGGCACGAACUGCCGCUCUUUGCCAAAGCCGGCAACCGGAUGAAACGCGCCAAGGCCCGCCACAAGCCCUGCUCCCUCAAGGAGCUGGAGGUGACUGUCAGCGAGUUGGGCCUUGGGUACAAGUCGGACGAGACGGUCCUCUUCCGCUACUGCAGCGGCACCUGCGACUCGGCUGUACGCAACUACGACCUGUCCCUCAAGAACGUGAGGAGCAUGCGGAAGAUCAAGAAGGAGAAGGUGAGGGCCCGGCCGUGCUGCCGCCCCCUGUCGUACGACGACGACGUCUCCUUCUUGGACGCAGGGAACCGCUACUACACGGUGAACGAGGUGUCGGCCAAAGAGUGCGGCUGUGUGUGAUGGAGCAAAGGUUGGAAGAAGAGGGGCCUGGCUGUGCACCCAGCAGUGCCCAGAGGUGGUUGUCCAAAGGUGGAAGAGGACGCGAGGAGAAGACCACCAGGACAUCCCCGCUUGGAGCAGCCAAGGAGGCAACUGGAUUUUAAGUCUACCUCAGGGCCGUCAACGGAGGCCAAGGGAAGCCAGCGUCUCUUUGGGGGCCUCCUCAACUGGUGGGGAGCCAGGGGAGCUCUUGAUUCCAGCGGUGCAAGGAAUCCUGUCAAGGGCCUCGCCAGAACAGCCCGCUGCGCUGCCGCGAUGGAGGAACCGGCGCACUCUCGACGCAGCUGGCUGGAGGAACGUCGUGGAUCGAAAACAAGAGAGAUCUCUUGCUUGGUGGUCUUCUGGAGGAGCCGCCCCGUGGGCAAUGCCCACUUUGCCCAAGCUGGAGAUCUUUACGGGGAUGGUUCCACGUGGGGCCCGGGUGCCAGGGGCCGUUCCUGCCCGUGCUGCGCCUUCUGAAUCCUGCGGGCGAAGAAGGGUUGAGAGAUUGAGGAGCGCUCCUCCCAUACUUGCAGGGGAGCCAUCCUGCCGCCAUCUUAAAGUACACACACCGUUAUAACAGUGCUGUGUAAAAUGUAUGUUUGUAUAUACAUGUAGACAUAGGUUUAAAGUAUUGACAAAUGUGUACAAAAAAAGGCUUCAGUUCCUUUCCAGGCAUUGCAUCAAAUUCUUAACGGAAUCGGCGGCGUCCGGGGGAUUCUGAAACCGAAGGGCUCAAAUAUUCCACAUUAAACAUUGGAGGGACGUUGGAGUUUGGUGGCAGAGUUUUGCAGGUUUCGAUUCCUGGCGCUUCCAGUUAUGUCUGAAAUCAUGGAGAGCCUCUGCCAGCAGGUUGGGCAAAUGUGGAGCUCUGUGGACCUGACUCAGUUUAAGGCACCUGCGCUGUUGUUUCAAUCUGCUCAGAACAUGAGGACUAGGUGCUUAAAUGGAUUUUACGGGAAAGAGGCAUCGUUGCAUGCAGGCGGUCCAAAGUUCAAUCUCUGGGAUCUUGAGGUAGUUCAGGGAAGGGCUGUGGACCGAGCGACGGGAGCUCACCCCAUCGCCGGGAUUCGAACCGCCAACCUU